AUGUUGACAGCCGUCUCCGAUAAGCUCGCAAAAUGUUCAAUUGUAUUGGCAAGUACUUCUCCCCGUCGCAAAGAAAUCCUCUCUGCUUGCGUUCGUUUCCGUCAUAUCCUCUUCAAUACUAACCUCAACUUCACUGCACUUAAUCCAAAUGUCCCUGAGAAUCUUGAUCCACGCGACUUCCCCAACAUCCCAGCCUUUGUCGAAGCUAUUGCCACAAACAAGGUCAAGGGCGCUUUGAAGAUUCUUAAGGAGCAUGCUGACAUAAUUAUAGCCGCAGACACUGUUGUCGCUUUCAAAGGCAAGAUAAUGGGCAAGCCUCUGAAUCCAGAUGAUGCCGCUAACACUUUAAAAAUGUUAUCGGAUCAGGUUCAUGAAGUGCACACCGGGGUGUGUGUCGCUUGGAUGCGUAAAGAGCCGCAAUUUUGUUGCUUCAGUGAGCGAACGAAAGUCCAUAUGGCAAAAUUAGACCAGGACACGAUCAACAGCUACGUUAAGACUGGCGAACCUCUUGACAAAGCUGGCAGUUACGGUAUCCAAGGUAUUGGUUGCAGCCUGAUCUGUGGGAUCGAAGGUGACUAUUUUAACGUUGUCGGUCUACCUAUUCACAAAGUUUGCCAACACUUAUAUGAAAAACUAAUUAAUGAUGCCUAA